UUUAUUUGUACUACAGUUACGAGUUAACUACAACUGUGGUUUAGGUUUAGGUUUUUUUAUUCCAGUUAUAUUCCUUUUUCAUUGUGUCAAAGGCUCAUUUCUUUUGACGACUCGCCGCCUUUGAAGUCUUGUUGCCUUCGAAGCCGCCGUCGAAGGUUCACCGCCGUCGAAGGCUCGCUGCUGUCGUAGGUUUUGCCGCACUCGUCGCCAAACUAUCGAAGGUUUUGUCGCACUCUGCCGUCGCCGAACUUUCGAAGGCUCUACCACCGUCAAAUAGUGUAAGAACACUUCUUCUUUAUCUAGAAGGUUGUAAGAACACUCCUUCUUUAGCUCCAAAGAGAAUCAAAGGCAUAUAUCAUUCUCCAACCCAAAGGUACGAAUGUUUUCCCGGAUAAAUAAAAGUGGAAAGCUAUGCAAUUCAUCUGAUGAUCCAGUGGUGGUAACAGUUAAUUUUCUUUUACAUUUUGUGGGAGGAUUAAUUGUUUAAAAAAAUAUGAUUUUAUUUGCUUUUUUUGAAUAAUGGUAGAUUCUGAAUGGUGUAUUUGGUUGAGAUGCAUUACAUACCUUUCUACAGUUAACUAGAGAAUAUUACUAAAAGAUAUAGUUCCUCAUAUAUUUCGCGAAUCUGGAUUUGUGAAUGAUGAGUUGGGUUUCAGACAUAGUAGUAUUCCACGUUUUAUCUAAAUUUUGGAGAUAUUUUGUGUGUGAUUAAUAACUGCUUCAUCAAUUGGUAAAGGAAGAGCAGAGUGGUAUGCUACAGUUCAGUGGUAAUAAAGAAAGGAGGAGAAAGAUGGAAUGGAAUGGGAGUGAGUAGAAGUGAUAUUAAAUAGCCAAAGGGAGAGCAAAAUUUUUUGUUUUUUUUGGUAAAGGGAGAGUAGCAUUGGCAGCAUAUUUUGGCCAAUGGAGAGCAGUAUACACAACAUUUUUUAUUUAUAGAAGAGAGGCAGUCAUGACUCCACAGUUUUUAGGCAUUGAUUUGUAUGGGGUUACUGAUGGUUUUUAGGCAAUGGAGUGAGCUAGGCUAAGUAAUUGGGCUUUGAAGGAAAAAAAUGGGCUUAAAUUCUGGGAUUAUAUUGUGACUGCCAAGCUUUUAAAUUGGUAUAAAACAAGUUCAAAUAAAUCUUAUAGGAUAAAAGUUUCUUAACUUAACUGUUGCAUUGACUUUGUUUAAAAACAAUAAAGUUACAUUAGUACUUCAAUGCUUUUCUCUCUGUUUUUCUUAUAUUUGCAGACAUUUUCAUUUAUGAAGUAAUAUUUAGAAGUAUUAUAAUUAACUGAAAAUAGUAGAAGCACAGAGAUUUGAAUGUGCAUUUGGUUGUUUGCUGAGAGUUAUUUCAUAUAUAAUAGAGCAUAUUACAAUUAGUGCAGCUCUCUGCAGAAUUAAAUGAAGUCAAAGGGGAGUAAUGAGAUGAAACAAUGAUAAUAUGAAAAGUUCUGGCUUUGUUCUUUCUUCAGCCAAAAAAUAAAGGAUGAGAGGUUGUCACGUUUUCAUAUGUUUUACUAGUCUUAACAAUGAUCUAUAAUAUGCUUCUUUUAUAUUUUCUUCGAACCAAUUUCAGUUUGCAGUUCAAUCAGUGGAAUGAACGAAAGAGGGGUUCUUUCCUUUUUACUAUAUUAUUAUUAUAAUUAGAAUUACUACAUAAUUUAAAACAGCUUUUUGUUCCCCUGAAUUUUCCUUCUUUGCUUUGAACGUGAUAUAAAAAUACUUCCAUCAAUUUAUUCUUAUUAUUAGCUGAAGCCAUUAUUGACGAGAACAUGGCCUAAAUUUAUGAGACCUCUAUGUCAACAUGCAAAUAUGGGAGACUGUAACAUAAAUGACAAACUGUGCAACAUUUCAACUAGGGCUGGGCAAAAGUGACUUUUGAUGAUGAUAAAUCAAAAGCAGUGGAUUUCAAUAUUAUCCACCAUCUAAUCCUGAUUUCCAAGCUAUUGAAGAAGAAAAUCCUCCACUGUUAUUGAAGAGCCACGACCAUUGUAAUGACAGUGACAAUACUUUUGUGAAAGUUGUCGUGUGCAUGCAGCAGAAACUCCUAUAAACAUAGAGUGUUGUUAACCGGUCUCCUAUUAAUUUGGAUGAUUGAAGAUCAAGAAAGAAGCACUGAUUGUAACUGAACUAAAGAAUAGUUCAACUCAGUUUCGUUUAAGGAGCUAUCAACUGUUUCCCUAGCUACAUGGCCGCUACCAGACGCGCAAUCCGCCAACGUCUCAAACUCUCUGACCUCGUCAUCGAAGUCCGAAAUGCUCGACUUCCUCUCUCCUCCGCCAACAGCGAUCUCUAGCCACACCUCUCUGCAAAAUGACGCUUCGUAGCACUCAAUAAAAAAGACCUUGCCAUCCCUAACAUCAUGCAAUAUAAAAAAGACCUUGUCAUCCCUAACAUCAUGCAUGUAAAAUCAUACGCAAGACUAGAUGCACUAAUGAUUUGAAUCAGUUUCAAAACACAAUUAAUUAUUUUCUCUCUCACAUGUAAAACGAAGCUUGCCAUUUUAGUAGGAAAUUCUUUAAAAAAUACAAGUGUAAAGAAAUGUAAGAAUUUCACGAGUAUAUAUGAUUUGAACCUUUUUAUUUGAGGAAAAGAAAUUUAUAUUAGCAAGCUAUACUUAUCAUAAUAUCAUACCUACAAAGUAUACCCUUAUGUACUACAUAUAGUUGUGUAUUGUAGUACUACAUGCUAGUUAGUUACCCUUUCUUGAAAAUAUUGGAAACCUACUAACUGUUUCAGAAAUAGGUUUUAAUUUUUGUUUUGUCGAGAUAUUUUUCAGAAAUUAUUAUUCUUUUGCAUUCUUAAUUCCUGAAAGUUUUUAUUAUUGGCUUGAUUAUUUAUGAUUUGGCAUAUAAAUGAAAAAAGUAUUUGCAAACGACAAGGUAGAAUGAAAUCAGUGCAUAUUCUAUUUUUCUCCUUCAUUUUGUUUUAUAAUCUGUCUGUCAACUGAUUUUAUUUUUAGUUGGUGGUUCCAUAAUUAAACAAUGACUUUGACCUGAUGUUUCAUAUAGCACAUAAACCAAGUAUAUAUGUUCUGGAUUCCCUUGGGCUGGGGUACUGGUUCCAAGUAUCUCGGACAUAGAGACAAGAUUAAAGCUGGCUCUGGCAGGUACCACGUCUUUUAAAAUUUAUCGUAAAUAUUUCUGUCAUUCGUAAAAUUUGACAUUGUUAUCGUGGUAAUAUUUGACAUAUUAUUAUUGGAGCAUGGCUAUGUUGACUAAAACUAUGUUCUGAAAUUACAUUUAUUUAUCCCCAACAUGUUUGAUUCCUGUGUAUUUAUUCAAAGCCUUUUCUGGGAGCUAUGUUUGUUUACUAGAAUAUGAAUAAAAGAUUUAAUUUGAUUUUUUUCUUCCUGCCAGUUUUCAUUGUGCCUACAAGCUAGAUUGCAACUGUAAUUGCUGCUGUUAUUUCUAUACAUAGAAUACAAACAAGACUUCUUACUGAUGUCUUGGCUAGCCAAUUGUUUUAAAGUAAAAUAAGGAGAGUGUUUAAAUUUAUAAACAACAGUCUUCUUUUAUAUGAUAUGAUUCAGUGUCUGCGUUGUCUCUUAUAUUCUUAUGUUUUACUUGCAAACCACAUUGCUUGUUUAUUAUUUUAUUGCAUUUAAUCAAUUGAAGUGGAUGCCUUGGUGGGACAGUAGGAGAGGACAAAUUAGUGAAUUGUUUUGUCUAUUUACUAGGUUGAAUUUAAUUUUCAGUAGAAUCCUUUACUUUAUUACAGGCCUGUAAUUUUGAAUCUUCUUGUCCCUUCAAUGGUCAAGAAUCUUAUCUCUUAUUAUCUCAUUCCUUAGUUAUUAGCAAUUCUUGAAAUUGGAAAGCUGUCAGUGUUCGAUUAAGCCAAUCAAGUAGAUACUUUAGGCUGGAUAUAAAAGUCAGUUGAUUGCUCAACUUUUGUUGUAGUCCCAUUUUUUUUAUUGAUUGUGUUUAAACUACCUUUGCAUCAAACAAUCAAUUUCCUUGUUAUGUAUUUUCUGUUUUCUUUAGUGGACAAAGUAAUAGAAGGUGAUUUUUGUCUUAUUUCACAGCUGGUGGUUUAUAUACUCUAAAUAUGGAAUAGUGAACAUUUAUUUCAUACUCUAAUAACUUUUGAGGAUCUAAUCAAUUUUAUCGUGAUAGCAUAAGCAAAAGGGCUGGUUUUAGUCUGUGAAUAGGCAUUAUGUGGCACCCAAGGGCAAUGAAAAUGUGGAGGUGGCAUUUUUCAGUGGGUGGAAAACUUUGUUAGAAAAAACAAAAUUAUGUAGUUUGAAAUCGCUACGAGUAAUUUAAAGACUUUCGUGAUUGUUUCCUUUUCCAUACUAAUGUUCAUGGGCUAACUAAAUUAGGUAUAUUUUCAUGUGGCAUAUUUUUGUCAUUUUUAAGCUAACUUUCUCUGUUUUCAAGCCGUCAUUGUAAAUAGAAGUUCUUUUUUUUUGCCCUACAUCUUACACAUUCUUUAGUUAUUUUCCCAGAUCAGUUUUGUCAAUUGAAUAUCUCAUUUUCUUACGAGUUCACUUUGAGUAUGGAGAAAAAUGGGACUAGGUAGUGCAUCUACAGCGGUUGGGUUUCUGAAUAUGUAUCCUUUGAAGCACGUGUCAGUCAAAGAUUCAGUAGUGGGUGAGGAGCGUAUUGUUCAGUACUUAUUGGCAGUUUUGGAUACUCGGGGGACUCCACCUCACUGGAAGCACCUAAAUAAUAGGAGACUGGAUGACACUGAAUACGAAGUGGAGGCGAGUCAUGAAUAUAGACUGAAAAAUCUUAAGCCAAAGAAAAGAAAUCCGUCAAAUAGAUCUAAUUCAUUUUGGAUACCUGGGAGACUCCACUUCACUGGAAGCACCUAUAUAAUAGGAGACUGGAUGGGACUGAAUAUGAAGCGGAGACGAAUCAUGAAUAUAGUCUGAAAAAUCUUAAGCCAAAGAGAAGAAAUUCGCCAAAUAGAUCUGAUUUGGUGUAUGUUGAGGUAACAAGCAGGGGUAGGCAAAGUGCACUAUACUGCACUGCAGUAUACAAAUUUUUAGUUAACUAUAAAACAAUUUAGGAAAGCUGAACUGAAUUAAAAAAUAGUUCGAAGUAACUGAACUGAACUAUUUUUGAGUUCACUUAUAGUACAGUGCAAUUUAGUAAACUAUUUUUUAGUUUACUAUUGUACAAUUUAGUUACCUAUAGUUCAGUUUGAUGCAAAGCAAAUCCAGUUGCAAAUGCAUCUUGUUUUUUCAAAAUCCUUAGUUCAAAGGUGAGGCAGACACAACUAAAAUCUGUCCAAAAAAAGUACAACAAUGAUAUAAACAAUUAUUAAAUAAAAUAUUUAUACAAGCUUCUUUCAAACUAGUAAGUUAUGCCAUGAUCUCAUACAUACUUAGAUGUAGAAUAAACACAUUUUUCAUGGUCUAAAGAGAAAAGAAAAAUAAAAGUUCAGGAUGAUUUCUCUUUCAACAUCAUUAUGAACAACAUUAUCAGCAUACACUAAUAUUAAAAUUCCGCUCAUUUCAAAAUUUUUAAUGUUUCAACAUUCAAAUAUUCUACACUUAAUUUUUCGAAAGCAUUCUGUAAAGCAUUAUGUAAAUACUACGUAACAUGUACUCAUUAUGAUGACAUCAGGAAUAUAAUCCAAAGUAGGAAGCUACUUUACUAUAUAUAUACUAUAUAUACCAACUCAACAUAAUUGCUUAUUCAAAAAUAAGUGUUUUGGUAUCUUCUAAACGAAUAUCACAUCUCAUAGUUACAAAAACCUGUAGCAGUUUUUUAAAAAAACAAAUUAAUUUGAUCUUAAAGUUUAAAGGAACUAGAUUAAUGCAACUGCAUAAAAUGAAAGCACACAUACAAAAAGUAAAUGGUUUGAUUGGAUGGAAUUGCAGUUGCUUAAGUUAAGCACUUGUCUUUUCAACACCUCACAACAUUCUCAGGCAAAAAGUUCCAUAAAUCUUUGACAUUAUUCAUCAUAUGUAAAUGUAUUCAUAUUUAUAUAUUUAUAUUCAUCAAUCACAUAAGUACUGUUAUUCAUUAUUACACUUUAAAUCACCAUGGUACCAAAAGUGAAAGGUUGUUACGUAGUAAUUAAUUUGGAACAUAAUUAACUUGGAACACGCUAAAUCACUAUUAGAAUAUGCACUAAUUUCCUUCUAUCUUUUCGUUUGCAAAUACUUUCUUCGUUUAUAUGCCAAAUCAUAAAUAAUCAAGCCAGCAGUAAAAACUUUUAGGAAUUAGGAAUGGAAAAGAAUAAUGAUUUGAAUCAGUUUCAAAACACAAUUAAUUAUUUUCUCUCUCACACACAAAACAUGAAAGCUUAACGAGGCUUGCCAUUUUAGUAGGAAAAUCUUCAAAAAUUACAAGUGUAAGUAAAUCUAGGAAUUUCAAGAGUAUAUAUGAUUUGGACUUUUUUGUUUGAGGAAAAGAAAUUUAUAUUAGUGAGUCAUACCCGAUCAAAAUAUCAUACUUAACGAAUCUCAUAACUAACUAAGGUAGAACAACUUCUAUUGAAUGGGCAUCGGGUUCUUGGGACUAAAUCCCUAACAGCCUAUUGAUUGAUCGGGAAAGCGGAAGUUCCAAUGGAAGCUUUUCAAAGGUUAUACAUUAACGUUGAUUUAGAGGAUAGAGAAUGAAGUUGGAAGGCUGUUCAGUCUUGAAUCUCCCCUCCCUCACUGAUUGACUCCUUCAGGAAAUGUCAAAUAGUAGGGACAACAUAAGGGUGAGAUUCUCUCUUCAGCGGCAGAUGGAGAGGCAAUUCUAACGCAACUGUUAAUGGUGGAGCCUACUCUUCUUCUUGCUGCCUUACUUGCGAUACUUUAUACUUUCUACAGCAAGAAAAGUGCUUGCAUAUAGUAUAAUGGAAGGGCUUUUGCACAUGAAGAAGAAAAGGAAUAAGAAGUGAGUCAGAUGUGGCAUUAUACUGUUUUCAAAUAGAAUCCCUAAAGAAAGGUAUGAUAUUUUGAUCAGUAUGACUCACUGAUAUAAUUUCUUUUCCUCAAACAAAAAAGUCCAAAUCAUAUAUACUCUUGAAAUUCCUAGAUAUACUUACACUUGUAUUUUUUGAAGAUUGUCCUACUAAAAUGGUAAACUUCGUUAAACUCAUGUUUUGUGUGAAAGAAAAUAAUUAAUUGUGUUUUGAAACUGAUUCAAAUCAUUAGUGCAUCUAAUCUUGGGACUCUUACCACUAUUUCGAUCACGAAAAACAUAGAAAAUAUCACAUUUUCUUUCAUUUUAUCAACCAAAGGUUAAAACAAUAUUUCAUAAAGUUGUUUAUCAUCCCCUUUUCUCCCCAGCACGUUUUUGUUGACUAUUCCAAAAGCUUCAGCCUAGGCAAUAACGUAUUGCUUGCCUUUCAUACUAUUUUCUUCCAUGAUCCCUCUUCACUUGUCUUACAGGACCAUGUUGCGUCUUGCAACAAUUAGGAAUGUUUACCCUAUUGAUCUAGAUUGCAAAAGUAGACCAUUAGAUAAUAGUUGGAACGUCGAAUGUUAUAGGUGAGAACAAAACCAGCACUUCACUCCAAAAUAUGAAUGUGUACUAAAAUAACAACCACUACAAGAAGAAUCCUUGAUUCAAAUGACUUAAAAUUAAAAACAGAUAAAUAUAUUUUGGAGGGCUUGAGAGAUCCCUCUCAUAAUCUUCUAUUUAUAAGGAAAAUAUGAUAUAAGAGUACAUGGAAAAUUAAGGGACUAUACUAGACACUUUGUAAAACUAGGUACAACUAAUAAAUUAUCUAGCACACUACAUCCUACUUAGCUUAAUGAUGAUACAUAGAUGUAAUUAUUCUAACAAAAUGAAUGAAAACAUUGCUAUUAGACACAUGAAUCUAAAUUUGAUUCAUGUGACUCAAUGAUGUCUAUUUCAAUUUAUUUUUGAUGAUAAUCAUCUGUUUUUCUCAAGGAGUUUCAAAAAAACAUAAAGUAAAACUCUUCAAAUAUGUUAUUCAAAAACACACGCUCAAGUAAGAACAUUAAUACAUGAAACAGAACGAGGGAAACAUUGUCUCUAGCAUAAACCUAUUCCUUGAUUCCAACGAAUCACAAUGGAAUAAAAAAGAAUUGUAGUUCUGCUGCACAAAAUAAUGUGUUUGUACCGCAGAGGCAAGACAACAAACUAGAAACUAGAGAAAAAAAACAGUAAUUUAUAUCAUUUGCAGAAAUUAACUUUUAAAUCUAAAGCAACAACUAGAGAAAUACAAAGUACGCAUAAUACUAAUACUUAGGGGGAAAUAAAGGUAUGCUAUCUUUUAUUUUAUUUGAAGUGGUUGAACCCUGCACAACCUAUAUAUAAACAACAACCUUAAGGUCCUUAUUAAAUAAAAUUCUCUAUAAAUAUUAGUAUGCAAGGAAUAAGAAAAGAAAAAAUGAAGGCUCAAUCUACUUAUUUGUCUCAGCUUUUGAGAAAGUUUGAUGAGACAGACAAUAUAAAAGUUAAUUACAUAUGUUCAUUUUAGUUUCCAUGAGAAGUUUGUUGUAUCUUAUUUUCUUAUUGAAUGAAUUUAUCUAAACAGGACAUAAUAGUAUGUUUUUUCUCUAUUAUGACUUGAACAUCUGGUUUAAUUUUAUGUUCAUGUUUAUGUUUGUCAACCAGACCUUAAAUCCUGCUAUAUCUUGAGUAACACCAGGUAACGGACCCACAGCGACACGCUUCAUCUUCUCUUGCGCGAUCAAAGAAAACCACUUCAAUUCUACAAAAAAACUCAUCCAAUUCAUUAAAAUCAAUGGUUUCGCGAAUCUGCGAAACUAUUACCAGGAAAGCGAGACUUUGCAAUCUGAUGAAUGGAGUUAAUCAAAGCAGACUUGCCAUAGUUGGGAACACCGACCACCAUCACAAGUAGCGUCGGUUCUCGACAAAUGACUUCUUUGAGCUUGAACUCCGACCAGAUCUAGAAGCUUCCUCAAGGAACUUUGACUCUUAGCGUUUAUUGCAAUGCAAUCCUGCUUGCACGUUUCGAAAUAAUGCGCCUAUUUCUGCAGUAACAACACGUCGCGUGAAUAACUUAACAGGUAAACGGCAAUGACAAGGAUAUUGAUGAUGGUGAUGAUUUUACAUGCAUGAUGUUAGGGUUGGCAAAGUCUUUUUUGUUUAGUGCGACAACGUGACUUUUUGCGAAGGGGUGUGGCUGGAGAUCGGCGUUGGCGGAGGUGAGAGGAAGUCGAGCAUCUCAGACUUCGAUGACAAGGUCAGAGAGUUUGAGACGGCGGAUCGCUCGUCUGGCGGCGGCCAUGUAGCUAGGGAAAUAUUUGAUAGCUCCUCCGCUGGCGUUGAAUGCCAUGUCUCCUAAACCUAACUCUUUCUUAAGAAAUUCCUUUAACCCUGACAUUGUUCUCUGCUCUUUCAGUCAACUUCGCAGUUGGAGUGAGCGUUAAUUUUAGAGGUUGAACCUAGGGCUGGACACAAUUUACUUAAAAACUGUAUACUAUUACUCUUUUGUACUUAACAAAACUUAAACUUCUUUUACUGAAGCCUAGUUAACUGUUAAAUAGUUCAAUUUAAAUAUACUGAACUUAUUUUAUUUAACACAGAUAAUUGUACUGUAUUGUGGUUUAGGUUUCAUAUUUGUUAUCUAAAUUUUUUCCCUGCCUCGUUACAUUCCUUUCCAAUUCGCCACUGCUACGGUUGAAGGCUCGCCGCCGUGGAAGGCUCGUUGCCGUUGAAGGUUCGUCGCUAUUGAAAGCUCGUUGUUGUCAAAGGCUUUGUCGCACUCUGAUAUCGAUGAACUGUCUGAAGGCUCUACCACCAUCGUCAAACAAAAGUAUGAAACUCUGCAACCAAAGGUACAAAUGUUUUUCCUUUCACUUUUAAAAGGGAUAAAUGAAAUUGGAAAGCAAUGCACAUAAGGGUGUAUUCAUCUGGGAUGAACCCAAUGGGGUAACAAUUGAUUUUCUUUUGGAAUUUGUUGGAGUUUUAAUUUUUUAGAAGAUUUGAUUUUAUUUGCUGUUUUUGGAUAAGGGCAGAUUCUGUAACCUAUAGAGUUCUAGAUUGAUUGAUAAAUAGAGAGAGGUUGAUGACAAGUAAGUAAAAACUUUGAGAUGAAAGUGAUGUAUAAGAUAUAAAAUGUUCUUCUGAGCGGAAUUUUAAUAUUAGUGUAUUGCUGAUAAUGUUGUUCAUAAUGAUGUUGAAAGAGAAAUUAUCCUCAACUUCUGUUUUUCUUUUCUCUUUGGGCCAUGGAAAAUGUGUUUAUUCUACAUCUGGGUAUGUAUGAGAUCAUAGCAUAACUUACUAGUUUGAAAGAAGCUUGGAUAAAUAUUUUAUUUAAUCAUUGUUGUACUUUUUUUUGGAUAGAUUUUAGUUGCUUCUGCACCACCUUUGAACUAAGAAUUUUGAAAAGCAAGAUGCAUUUAUAACUGGAUUUGUUUUGCAUCAAACUGAACUAUAGGUAACUGAAGUGUACUAUAGUAAACUAAAAAAUAGUUUACUAAAUUGCACUAUACUAUAAGUGAACUAAAAAAUAGUUCAGUAUAGUUACUCCGAACUAUUUUUUCGUGCAGUUCAGUUUUCCUAAGUUGUUUUAUAAAUAAUUAUAAAAUUUUAUAGUGCAGUAUAGUACACUUUGCCCACCCCUACUUGUUACCUCAACAUACACCAAAUCAGAUCUAUUUAGCGGAUUUCUUUCUUUGGCUUAAGAUUUUUUAGACUAUAUUCACGAUUCGCCUUUGCUUCGUAUUCAAUCCCAUCCAGUCUCCUAUUAUUUAGGUGCUUCCAGUGAAGUGGAGUCCCCCGGGUAUCCAAAACUGCCAAUAAGUACUGAGCAAUACGCUCCUCACCCACUACUGAAUCUUUGACUGACCUUGUCAAUUCAUCAACCAUGUUUGCAUGACAUAAUAUAUCAGGACACGUGCUACAAAGGAUACAUAUUCAGAAACCCAACGGCUGUAGAUGCCCUACCUACUCCCAUUUUUCCCAUACUCAAAGUGGAACUCGUAAGAAAAUGAGAUAUUCAAUUCCUAAAACUGGUCUGGGAAAAUAACUAAAGAAUGCGUAAGAUGUAGGGCAAAAAUUAAGAACUUCUAUCUACAAUGACGGCUUGAAAAUAGAGAUAGCUGGCUUAAAAAUGACAAAAUUCUGCAACACUGAAAAAAUACUUAACUUAGUUAGCCCAUGAACAUUAGUACGGAAAAGGAAACAAUCACGAAAUUCUUUAAAUUACUCAUAACGAUUUCAAACUAAAUAUUUUUGUCUUUUCUAACAGUUUUUCACCCAUUGAAAAAUGGCACCUCUACAUUUUCAUUGCCCUUGGUGCCCCAUAAGGCCUAUUCACAUACUAAAGCAACCCUUUUGCUUAUGCAAUCAUGACAAAAUAGAUUAGAUCCUCAAAAGUUAUUAAAGUAUAAAAUAAAUGUUCAUUAUUUUAUAUUUAGAGUAUAUAAAGCACCAAUUGUGAAAUUAGACAAAAGUCACCUUAUUACUUUGUCCACUAAAGAAAACAGAAAAUAUAUAACAAGGAAAGUGAUUGUUUGAUGCACAGGUAGUUUAAACACAAUCAAUAAAAAAAUGGGACUACAACAAGAGUUCAACAAUCAACAAAUGACUUUUAUAUACUACCAAAAGUAUCUACUUGAAAACAUCAACUUCAAAAUCAAAUCCACAUAAUUGGGAAUAGAUCAUCACUUUAAAAAGUAAUGGAAUCAAAUUUAACGUCAAAUUCAAAUUAAAACUAGCUAGGUUAUCUUACGUGCCUUAAUCUUAAUGUGAGACCUAAUAACAGGAAUACUAAGAAUCCUCCUUAUAACCCAUAGUGAAUCGAGAGAAGCAUACUCAUCCUUGAGAGAGCAUGUUCUCAGAUUAACGCAAAUGAAUGCCCUAAUGAAAUACUGACAGUUUUCCAAUUCUAAGAAUUGCUAAUAACUAAGGAAUGCGAUAAUAAGAGAUAUGGUCUUGACCAUUGAAGGGACAAGAAGAUUCAAAAUUACGGCCCGUAAUAAAUUAAAGGAUUCUACUAAAAAUAAAAUUCAACCUAGUAAAUAGACAAAACAAAUCACUAAUUUGUCCUCUGCUACUGUCCCACCAAGGCAUCUACUUCAAUUGAUUAAAUGCAUUAAAAUUACUAAUUUGUCCAGCUUUUAGACAUAAUGAAAACUGGCAGGAAGAAAAAAUCAAAUUAAAUCUUUUAUUCAUAUUGUAGUAAACAAACAUAGCUCCUAGGAAAGACUUUGAAUAAAUCCACAGUAAUCAAACAUGUUGGGGAUAAACGAAUGUAAUUUCAGAACAUAGUUUUAGUCAAUAUAGUCAUGCUUCGAUAAUAAUAUGUCAAAUUUUACCACGAUAACAAUGUCAAAUUUUACGAAUGACAAAUAUUUUAGAUAAAUUUUAAAAGACGUAGUACCUACAAGAGCAAGCUUUAACCCUGUCUCUAUGUCCGAGAUACUCGAAACCAGUACCCCAGGGGAAUCCAGGACAUAUAUACUUGGUUUAUGUGCUAUCUGAAGCAUCAGGUCAAAGUCAUUGUUUAAUUAUGGAACCACCAACUAAAAAUAGAAUCAAUUUACAGACAAAUUAUAAAACAAAAUGCAGGAGAAAAAUAGAAUAUGCACUAAUUUCCUUCUAUCUUUUCGUUUGCAAAUACUUUCUUCGUUUAUAUGCCAAAUCAUAAAUAAUCAAGCCAGCAGUAAAAACUUUUAGGAAUUAGGAAUGGAAAAGAAUAAUAAUCUCUGAAAAAUAUCUUGACAAAACCAAAAUUAAAACCUAUUUCUGAAACAGUUAGCAGAUUUUCAAUAUAUUCAAGAAAGGGUAACUGUAUGUAGUACUGUAAUACACAACUACAUAUGUAGCACAUAAGGAUAUACUUUGUAGGUAUGAUAUUUUGAUCGGUAUAACUCACUAAUAUAAAUUUCUUUUCCUCAAACAAAAAGGUCCAAAUGAUAUAUACUCAUGAAAUUCUUACAUUUAUUUACACUUGUAUUUUUUAAAGAAUUUCCUAAUAAAAUGGCAAGCUUCAUUAAGCUCUCAUGUUUUGCGCGUGGGAGAGAAAAUAAGUAAUUGUUUUUGAAACUGAUUCAAAUCAUUAGUGCAUCUAAUCUUGGGACUCUUACCACUACUUCGAUCACGAAAAACAUGGAAAAUAUCACUUUCUUUCUUUUUAUCUACCGAAGGCACGACUAUAGGUACAACUAAUAAAUUAUCUAGCACACUACAUCCUACUUAGGCUUAAUGAUGAUACAUAGAUGUAAUUAUUCUAACAAAAUGAAUGAAAACAUUGUUAUUAGACACAUGAAUCUAAAUUUGAUUCAUGUGACUCAAUGAUGUUUGUUUCAAUUUACUUUUGAAGAUAAUCAUUUGUUGUUCUUAAGGAGCUUCCAAAAAACAUAAAGUAAAACACUUCAAAUAUGCUAUUCAAAAUUUGGGCCAGCGAUGAUUUAAUUGCAUCAUUGAGCUAUUGCUGCAUGGACUGAGCAUAAUUGAAACGCAGUGUUUUGGUGCUGAGUUUGCUGCUGCCUUUAGCGGUCUUUGCUCGAGACAUUCAAUUGAGGCAGAAGUAUUCCUUCGAGCUAAGUAAAAUUCAGCUUUACUUAGUUUGUUCUGUGCGACCAAAUUUAGUUAAACAAAUGGCGCCGUUGUCGGUGACUCGGCGAGUUAAGUCUUAGGGUGUUUAGGUGGUCUUGUUUAGGUUUGUUUCUUUUUGCAUAUUUCUUUUUAGUGUGCUUUGGUUUCUGUUUCUGAAGUUGUAGCAUUUGUGAGUAGUGGUUCUUAUUUCUGUGUGUUUGAUUUUUGAUUUUAUUUCUGGAAGCUGUUAUUUUUAGGUUCUUUUCCUUGUUUGUCUGUGUGCCUGGUAUAAUCUCCUUUUGAAGUGUAGUCAAGAACAGGUUCGGUACCAGGAGAUGAGAAACUCUCAGGAUUGGCCGUACAAGCUUAUAAAAAGGCUGCCUUAGUACCAUGGAGUGGCUGGAGAAGAUCCACACCUGCAUUUGAAGGAGUUCCAAGUGGUCUGCUCAACUUUUAAACCAGCAGAAGUUCCUGAAGAGUGGGUCAAGUUGAAGGCAUUCCCCUUCUCCCUUCAAGAUGCAGCCAAGGACUGGUUGUAUUACAAGACAUAUUCAUCACCAUUUGCUGCCUGGGCUGAGAUGCAGAGAAGCUUUCUGGAAAAGUUCUUCCCAGCCUCAACAACAGUCUCCAAGCAAAGAGAAAUUAGCUCCAUUAUACAACUGCAAGGAGAGACACUGAGGGAGUACUGGGACAAAUUCAACCAGCUGUGUGCCUCAUGUCCAGAUCAUCAAAUCAGUGAGCACCUUCUCAUCCUGUACUUCUGUGAUGGACUGAGCAUGAAGGAGAGAUGAUGCUGCUGCUGCUGGAGGGUCUAUUAUGGAUAAGACAGUUUUUGAAGCCAGGACUUUGAUAGCCAAGUUGAGUGGGUUUCAUGAUGAAGCUAGUGAAUCUGCUGAGAGCACAGGUUCUGAGUUGCAACCAGUAAAGGUUUUCUCUGAACUGAUCAUUCCUAUUAAUUUGCCUGAAAUUCAAACUGGUUUUGAUGUUUUUGAUAUGUUAAAGAUUGAACCUGUAAAGCCUGCUUUGGAUUUUGUUAUUGAUAUGUCUGUACACACUCAUGUUUUAAAUUCAUUAUGUUUUAUAGAGCACAUUGACAUACCUGAUGUUCACCAUCCUUGCACUGAUUUUGAUUUCUAUGAUAGACUUGAUGAUGCAGCUGAUGACUUGGAGAUUGGUAACAUAAUUUUCAAUGAGCAAAAAGAGGUUUAUUUUGAACUUGAGAUUCCAAAUACUUUACCUGAUUUGCCUAUACAUUUAAAUACCUGUGAUUUGCUGCACAUUAAUUCUAUAAAGUCUUUGGCUGAAACUGAUGUAGUUUUGAUUGAUCAUCCCAAAUUUCUUGAUUCAGUUUUAGCCAUUGAACCUGUGAAUAUGAAUGCUGUUAUUUUUUACUCAACCAUGAAUAUAGAUGAUUGCUUUGAUGUGAAUGAACUUUUGCAUGAUAGUAUCUUUGAAUUGAGUCUUGAUUCUGCUGCAGAUUCACAUGUUAGUGUUGAUUUUGAUAUAGAAACUGUGAAAACUGAAGAUGUUUUAGAUUUAGAAUUAAACUUUCAUUUUUCACAGUGCUCUGAAAACUUUAAAUGUAGUUGCGAAGCUGAUUCUUGCUCUAUUUGUAUUGAAAUUGAUGAUGUGAUACAACCAGAUUCCAACCUUAUAACAGACUUAACUGUGAGUUUGAUGGCCAGGUUGCAGAAUUAAAUGAUAAUGCAGGUGCUGAAGUCAAUAAUGAAUCCAUGGUUGAUGAAGAAGAUUGCAUUGCUACUGUUUGAAGUAAGCCAGAGGUUUUUAUCCCAGUGCCAUACACUCAAGAGCUGUCAGUGGAAGGAGAGCUGCUGCUGCAGCAGUUUGCUUGGAGAAGAGAGAAGCAACAUCUUGCUUUGGAUGAGAGGGCAGUGCUGCUCCAACCAAGUUCUCUACAGAAGCAGAUUGGUGCAGCCAGGGAGUUAAUGCAAGGAGUGGUUGAAUGCAUAAGGACAAAACUGAUAAGCUCUUUCCUUUCUUUUCUUUUGCAUAGUUUUAGAUAUUUUCUAGUAGGUAGAGUAGAAAAUAUGUCAUUUGAAUAAAUAUUUUUUUUUCUUGUAGCUUUAUAGUUUUAGUUUUCUUUUUCUAGCUCUGUCUUGUAUAUGUUGUGUUCUUUUGGGUUUAGUUUUCUUGCUUUUGUUAUAUACGUUUUCUUGCUCAAUUUUAAUUCUUUUUCAAUUCUGUUUAGCAUAAUUAUGUCUUGUACAUAUCUGUUGUUGUCUGUUGUUGUUAGAAAACCUUCCUCACUCACAUUGAGGGCAAUGUGCCUCUUAAGUGUUGGGGUGAGAGGGUAUAGUAUAAUAUAGGUUUAAUUUUUUUGUUUUUACCCUGUAUAUAGUUGUUAUGUCUUUGUUUCUAGUAUAAAAGUGUGAUAAUUUUUUUUUUUGGAGUAGGUAUGUUUUAGUUUUAGAUCUGUUUUAGUUGUAGAUGCUUUGAUUGACUGUAAAUAUGUUGUAGGUAGGGUAGAUAGCCUUGCUUUGUUCCAUUUUUUUUUUACAUAAUUGCUUUGUUUUUAGAAGUAGCUUCCCUUGUUUUUAGGUUCUGUUUCGUUUAGUUUUUAAAUCCUUAUUGCAAACUGAAUAGCCUAGGUUAAUUUUGUUGUUUUGCUGAAUUUCUUUGAAAGUUUGAGUUGCAUGCAUAGUUAAGGAAAACUAGCUUAAUUAGGAUAAGUUAAAGUAAGGUAGAAGUGCUUAGAGUUUUGAGAAACCAACUCUGGAAUCAACUUAGCAGAUAUUAUUACCCAGUGAGUCUUGAGCUUUAAUUCUUUGUAGUGUGUUUACACCUAGGUUAGUGACAUUCUAGAACUUGUGCAUUUUCUCUUUGAUAUAGUUGAACAGUGAGACAUUUUUGAUGUGAUUCAGGCCUUCUUGUUUUUAAGCCUCCUAUCCAAAUAGCCUAUCCCCCCAUUUCUUUUCCCAUUGUACCUUGAUUUUGAGCCUUUUAGCCUGUUCUUUGUGUUUUAGCAGCUUAUAAGCCCAUUUGAAUCUGAAAAACCAAAAAGAUACCCAAUUAGGGAGAUGUGGGAAGUUGUUUUAGAAGAGGGAAGUCUUAGAAAUUGUAGGGCAUGGGGAUGUUUGGUCAAAAAGGUAAAAAGGAAGCAGAAAAACAUAAAAAGAAAGUCUGGAUUGAAAAAAAAAAAAAGUGGAAAGUUCAAGUCUGGUUGGUUGGUGGCAGAAAAAGAAAAGAAAAAUUUGGCACAAGAGAGUUGAGAAAUAAGAAAAGAGAAGAAAAAGGAAGUGGUUUGGUCUGGAAUAACCCCUACACUACAGAUUCAAAUUUUUUCCCCAACACUUCCACACUUCACUACGCAUUGUUAGCCUUGUUUUCCAUUUCAUUCAACCUACCCUCCACCCUAGCCUCAUUACAAGCUUUAACAAAGUCCUGAUGAUCUUGAAUGUGCAUAUGUUUAGCAGCGGAGAUUAGAUUGUGUAAAAGCCUAUGGUAAUGUUGCUUAGCCUGGUGUGUUGAGUGCUGAAAAUACCAAUGCUGAAAACACGAGAGUUGAGUGCAGACACUUACCUGUGAGGUCAAGUUAAGUCUAGAAGUUGGUUCUUUCAAAUUUUGCUGCAUAGUUGCCUUAUUUUAGCAAUUCCUAAUAUGCUUGGUUGUCUUAAUUAUGUUUUGUUAGCUUUAAAUUUUCAGGAUUUUUAGUGAUACAGUAGGAUUUGUCUAGGUGUUUUCUGUUUUGUAAAUUGGUUUUGUCUUUUUUUCAUUGUGUUUAUUUUCUUCUUUUUCUUUUCCCCUGCCCAGGAGGAUAGUUCCUUAAGUGUGGGGGUGUGUUAACUCUCCAGUAUUUGCAUAUUUUUCUAGGUUAAAAACUCUUUUCUUAAGGUUUUUAGCUUUUAAUUUUUUAGAAAUAUAAUAGUUUAGUGUAAAAUGGUAAAAAUAGCUUUUAAAAAAAAUUUGGUUAAUUUUCUCUUUUUAGGCAAAUAAAAUAGGUUUUUAAGUAAUUAGAUUCUUUUUAGAAAAAUAUUUUAGAAAACAAAGUAAAAAUAUAUUUUAGAAUAGGUUAUAUUUUUUAACACAUUCUUUUUCUUUGUUGCAGGAAUUAAUAAAAGUGAGCUGAUGCUGAAGAAAAUAUAUUGGGCCAGGUCACUAAUGGGCCAGCACUGAUUGGAGAGCAGAUUUGCACCAUUGUGAUGAUGGCUGGGCUGUAGUAGCUGCCACAAGCCCGCGAGGCUGCUGUGAGGGAAUGGAAUUGAUAGAGGAAUAAAAGUGUAUGUUAGGAGAAAUAAAGGCUGGAAAGAAAGUUAAGAGGGAAAGUCUGUUAGAAGUUUGUUAGAGGGGCAAGAUAGUAUAAAUAGUAGUAGAAUAAGUGGAGAGGGGUUUUUUUAUCAAGAGAUUUUACUCUUGGGAAAUUAGACUGGACAUUUUCCAGUGGAGGAAGGGAGGCUUCCUUGGGAUUCCUACUUGUCAUUCUGUUUGACAUACUUUACAAAAUUAAUGAAAUACUCAUACAUUCAUUUCUUUGUUAUUGUUUGAGUGUUGUGAGAGGGGAGAAUCAUCUGUUACGGUUCUAUGCAUAAAAGAACCUAACAGAUUUGGUCCGACCUGCCGGAUCCAGAUCGGAGGAGUUGCACGAUGGAGAACAAGAUGAAUGCACUGGAGGAAAGGUGGGAAGGAAAGUUCGAGUCCAUGGAAGCCAUGUUGGAAGAGAUUCGAGAGGAGAUGAGAGGAAGGGCUCGAGACGGGAAUCGCGACCGUGGAAGAAGAUUGGUGAAACACGAGAGAAGAAGGAACCAGGGAAGGAGUUCGGAGGGCAGUCAUUCGGUUAAUGGAAGUCGAGAGACAGAGGAGGAGGAAGCGGAGGAAGAAAGGGCGGAUGUACAGAAGAGUUGGAUGAAGAGAGUGGAAUUACCCACUUUCGAAGGGAUCGAUCCGACGGGAUGGAUCGCAAGAGCAGAGAAGUUUUUUGAAAUACAGAGUGUAACCGAAAAGGAGAAGAUGAAGCUGGUGUAUAUUUGUAUGGAGGGAGAAGCGAACUACUGGUUUCGCUUUUGGCGAAGAAAAGUUAAAUACCUGGGCGACAUUAACGGAGGCGAUGGUCAGGAGAUUUGGAGGUAGACACCGGGGAACGAUCUUCGAAAAAUUAGCGGCAGUGAGACAACGGGAAUCGGUGGCGGAAUAUGUUCGGGAGUUCGAAAUCCUGGUGGCUCAGGCGGAUGGCGUGACGGAGGAACAGUUGUUGGGGUAUUUCUUUGCAGGACUCCAAGAGGAAUUAAGGGAUCUUGUCCGACCAUACGACCCUCGCGAUUUGUUAACCGCAAUGGAAAGGGCACGAGACGUGGAGCAAUCGGGGCUGGUAUCGAGGGUGAUCAAAGGAGGCGCGGGGAGUAAAGGAGGACCAACGUGGGGGAAAUACGCUGUAAGUGGGGGAACAGUAGCUAGCACGGAGAUCUAUCGGGGGCCAUCGGGGGGACGCACAAGCAGCAAUGGAGGUAUGGGUCAGAAGAAAGAGGCAACGACCAGAACCGCCGGUUCGAAAAUCGAAAGUACGUCCGGUGGUGGCGGGUUGAAUUGCGGAGUGCGAACACUGCCAUAUUCGAAAUAUCUCAAAAGGAGGGAGGAGGGCCGUUGCUUUCACUAUGGCGGACCGUAUAGUCCCGGGCAUCGCUGCGCAGAGAGGAGUUUUAAGGUGAUGAUUAUGGGAGCCGAUGACGACGAGGAGGAUGCGGAGACGAUGGAAGAGGCAGAACAGUGUUGCAUGGAGCUGUCGGUCUAUUCAGCCGAGGGGGUGACGCAAUCCAACACCAUGAAGCUGGCCGGAUGGGUUCGAGAGCGGAGGAUCAUCGUAUUAAUCGACAGCGGGGCGAGUCAUAAUUUUAUCUCAGCUCACUUGGUCGAUGAACUCAGAUUAGAGAAAGAGGAGACGCCACCCUAUCGGGUAUGUUUGGGAGAUGGCCAGAGAAAGGAGACACAAGGGUGUUGCAAAGGGCUGUCGGUGGCGUUGGAGGGAGCGGAAGUGCGAGAGGAUUUCUACAUAUUUGAUUUAGGUGGAGUGGAUGUAGUGUUGGGAGUGGCGUGGUUGGCAAAAUUGGGAGAGAUAAGGGUGGAUUGGAAGAAGAUGACAUUGAAGUAUGGGUCAGCAGAUGCUGAGGUGGUGAUAAGGGGGGACAACACAUUAAUGAAAAAAUUAAUUACCCCUGAAAUGUUGCAAAAGGAAGCUGAGAUAGAGACAGUGGCGGUGGUAUGGAGUCUGAAUAAAGCUGAAACAGCAGAGGGACAGCUAAGGGAAGAAGACUUAACCAUCAUGCAAAAACAAAAUUUAGAGGAAAUUUUGCAGGAAUUCGAGGUAGUGUUCGAGGAAGUGCAGGGACUUCCUCCUACCAGGCGGGUUGAUCACCAGAUAACCCUUAAAGAGGGCACCGAACCUGUAAACGUAAGACCAUAUAGAUAUCCUCAUCUGAUGAAAACUGAAAUAGAAAAACAGGUAUAGGAGAUGAUGGGAUUGGGCAUUAUCAGGCCCAGUAAUAGCCCAUAUUCUAGCCCGGUUAUUUUAGUUAAAAAAAAAAUGGGAGCUGGCGUUUCUGUAUUGAUUACAGAGCUCUAAACAAAGUUACCAUCCCAAACAAAUAUCCCAUACCCGUGAUUGAAGAAUUAUUAGAUGAACUUCAUGGAG